AUGCCUCAAAGACCAUACCCGCCUCUCCCCGAGAACCCAAUUCUUAUCCCCUCCCCUUCGGAUACUAUAUUUGCUGGUGACUCCUCGGAUGAAGAAUCCCCGGCCGCCCAACGAGCCAAGAACCAGCGGAUCUUGGGGCAUGCCCAGAGUUACCUUAGCGGUCAACAGCUAUACAUUCACUCCGCACGACUGCGAGGUCCGGUGAUCAACAAUCCGUGGGGAAAGGGGGCUAAGCAAACAAAGAGAAAACCCAUGGCUCGGAUGGAGGAAAAGCACAAGACGAAGAAGCGGAAGGCUCUAUGUCAGGAUGAUGAGAGGGAAAUUCUCGGAACCCCUACGCAAGUACCGGAAUGGGCUGCAUGGAGCACUGAGAGAAGGAGGGUCAAUAGGAGGACUAUUACGGAAUCUUCACCCGAUGUCGAAGAGCUCUUACGGCCAGCCUGCUUGGAUCUUGGUGAAUCAAUCGUCUCUCGGCCAACGAUGAACCGUGAUGAGGUGCAGGGGAGGGAGAUGCAGACGGCCGUGGUGUUUUCGAAUGAUGUUACCCCUGUGGCUACGCCAGUCAAUCGAAAGGAAAAACAUAAGCAGAAGCUUCCAACUCCUCCAGUGUUUUCUCCGGGCUCCUUCUACAAGAAAUUAGGGACCAAGCCCACACCUAAAGCAGCUCCAAAUCCCGCACUUAAACCUGCGCCGAAGAAUAAAACUAAGCCCACAAAACGGGUAUCUCGGUCGGUUUCUCAUUCACCGGUGUGUAGUAACCGAGGAAGGGCUCCUGCUCAGAGUCGUACGCCGUCAACUGCAAUUUCCCGAUCGAAAAGCAAGCCUGGCGAGCUAGAUGAGAGUAUACACCUUGUCGCUCCCGAAGCUAACAGGGCGAUGCCACCACUGGCCCCUGCGGAUGCGAAAAUGAAGCGGAUACGAAUCAAUUUCGCUACAAUGUCGCCAUUUACGAAUCAACCAACGGGUACUCGGGUGGAAGCUAGAAAGACUCCAAAGAAGAGACGGAAAAAGGCUGAUGAUAGUGGUAUAAACAAAGACCCAGAAGACCACUCCUUGAAAUCUAUGGCCCGGGAUCGGGCGACGAAAGAACCUUCAAUCGUUGAAACCGAAAGGCAGACAGCUAGAGAGCAUGAUGUGGGCUUUGGAGUAAAUAAAAAUGUCAUUGAGAAUAGGCAAUUUGAUAGGAACGGCAAUGGCACUAGGUCCGGGGCUCAGGACAAAAACGUCGAGAUUGUGACAUCAGGGAGCCCACCUAUUGAAAACUUUGGUUCUCACACGUCCGAGCCUCUGUCUUCAGACGGAUCUAUUUCUCUACAGCCUGCUCAGAGAACAGCACUCUUUAUAUCGCUGUCUCCAAUUAUGACAGCCUCCGGAGAGAGAUCUACGGACGACAGUCAUUUAAAAGUGACUCCUGCUGCAAAGCUACUCACUGGGAAGACGAUCCCCCCUGGCCGCGUAUCUUCAGCUCAUCGCAUUGGAGGUCAGAAAGCAAAUCCAAAGCCAAUAGAGAAACCCCCAACACAAGACACUACCGCAAGACCCUCAGCAGUAACCAAUGAGCUCCCACAAUCUCAUGGACAGAGUUACUUCUCAGCACCCGAGGUGGGGAGAACUGGGGACGAGAUGGCGGAUGAAGAGGACCCGGAACCCUGCCAGGGCACUCAAACACAAUUGAUGGCCGCGAAGAAGGGAUUCUUUGAUGCCCUCAACGAUUCCCCAUUCUUUCCUCAAUCGAAACUGAGCACUACGGCCGAGGAAACACCGAGUGUGUUGCGGCCCGAUUCGUUCCUCGACCUUGGUGCUUGCAAAACGCCGACGUUGAGUUUUGGCGGAAGUUGGAGAAACCGUGGAAAAGUCACAGACACCGAUUCAAGUUCGUCAUUCAAAACGCCUGUGCCACGAAGCAACUGGAGGCCAUCUGGUGAUAUUCAGGUCCCGGGAACUAAUUCACCACCACCGCCACCGACGAGCACGGAGUUUCCACAAACGAUCAACACUCCCAAACCAUCAACUCCGGAAGGAACUACGUUUACUCCAUUUGCAGCAUUCGCCACACCAAAUGCUACACCCGAGCCAACCCAGAAAGAUAUCAGCCCAUUAACAUUCUCCCCCCUUCGGGAUGUGACCCAACACCCAUCUCGCCAAGAAUCGGGCACGAAACCCUAUGUAAAGUUUGUGGGGUUUGGUUUGCUGGAUGAAGACGAAGAUGCUGCAAGUCUUGAUCUUGGGCCAAACAAUUUCCCCAAGUCUGGCCAAAAGGCCCCCGAUGAGAAAGAGGAUUUGGUAAAAGAAGUGAUGGGCUUCAUGGGUCAGCAAGUCUGGGAUAUUGAUGAGGAGCUGAAGAAGAUGGCUAGAGGGAGUCAGAGCACCAAAAAUACUGAUGCUGGAAAGAAGAGAAGGGGUCUUAGAAGGUAGUUGCAUUCGGGGUGGUUUCUAUCGCUUUCUUAUUUUAUUUUUUCCCCUCAAUGUUAUUCCUUUGUAUUUGGAUAUCCUUCCUGUGAAUAGUAUCAUAUGUGGGGCAAUUACAGGCGCUAUUGGUGGGGUGUUUAUGGGGGUUAUGUUCCGUUGACGGAUGUAUCGUGGUUGAGAGUGCGGCCGAGGAUCUGUGGUCGGGGUGGCAUUAUAGUGCGAUAGCUGGAUUCUGCAUGCGAUGUAUCAUAGUGGGUGGUAUUUAUAUGGUAGUUAGGAGUUGG